CUCGCCUCACACACGAGUGCCUUCAUCGAUUGGAGCAAGAGGCGAUUCAUCCCAUGGUGUUUUUCAGCGUGAUCUGGCAACCGCCGUCUUGUAUGUGACUUGUGACCAUCUGACGAUGAGCUCUCCCGGUGUGGAUCCGUCACCGUCGCCUGACUCUCUGUCACGGCUGCAGUCGCCCUACAGUACGGUGUCUGAGCCGGGGCAUGAAGGCAUGGGAGAGCGGCGGAGAGGGAGCAACUCUUCCACCUCACGACCUGGGAGAAGGCCAAGGUCAGCAACUUUGCUUCAGACGCUGCUUCAGACGCUUCAUUAAUGGCAUGUUUCUCUGUCUUUGUGUGUGCGUGUUUGCAGGUCACAGUCGCUUCACGAGCCGCUCCUCGACAAGGCGACCCUCUCCCUCCACUCCUUCUUGGCCGAAGACUUAUAUCGAGACCCCGAUGCCGUUCCAGGACUGCCAGGUUCACUCGGCCCGCCGGUGCGCCGCCGCACGGCCCCUGGGAGUCGGCUGUCGUGGCCCCCUGGUGGCCGUGAGGUGCCGUCGUUUCUGCCGCCAUCGCCCCUGCCUGGCGUCAAGGAGGAGGAAGUCAUCGGGGAAGAUGGUGAAGAGCUGAUCGAGUAUGAAGGGGUAAGCCGGAUAGACAGGAGAGAGAGUGUGCAUACACGUGCAGUGCACGCCUCUGUGUGUGUACGCCUCGGCAGGAGAUGGUGGUAUUGGUUCAUCGGAAGAAGGCGAAUGUGUUUGACACGGUGCUGACGAUACUGAAGGCCUUCCUGGCCACCGCUGUCUUGUUCGUGCCCAGCGGUUUCCGCAAUGGAGGCCUCUUGUUUAGUCCGCUGGUCAUGCUGGUGUCGGGCCUGUGCAACAUCACAUGCAUGGUCAGACUCAUCGAGUGCUGCCAACCAGGUGGGCGCCUACACCUAGCCACGUUCCUCUGCUGCAUUGUGUGUGUCCGGUGUGUAGAUCGUGAGACGUUGGCAGAGAUAUCGCAGGCCGCCUUUGGCCAUUGGGCGCGUGUGGCUGUCGACCUUUCCUUGCUGUUCAGCCAGGUGAGUGUGAGAGAGAGAAAGGUGGGAAGCGGCUGCAUGACCAUGUGUGUUGAACGUAGCUGGGAUACUCGUGUGCAUCACUCAUAUUUGUGGCGCAAUGUCUGCAAGUGAGCUAACCAAAGGGGCUGGGAGGAAGAAGGAAACUAACGAUGGGCUGUGUGUGUGUGUGUGUGUGUGUAGGAUGUGUUGUUGAGUCUGACUGAUUGUUCGCCGACCUUCAACGGCACGGUGGUGCUAGUGACCUUCAUUUGGCUGCAGCUCUUCCUCUGCGUGCCCACUGCAUGGGUGCGCAGACUCAAGUAAGCCCGUGAACAGAGGAAAUUCGUGGCCAACACACACGUGAUUGGAUCUCCAUGCAGGUAUUUGGCCCCGUCGUUUCUUCUCGCUGAUGCUCUCAUCGCACUCGGCCUCGCAUCGAUUGCCGGGUCACUGACACACACUGGACGUGUCUGCAUAUCGGUCUAAUUCAUGCAAAUGUUGUGUGUGCAGUUAUGCUGCGUAUCAUUUAGGCAGCUCGGGCACCACCAGUUCAGUGCAGCUUGUGAACAGGACACACUGGCCCGUCUUCCUCGGCUUUGCCGUCUACCUCUUCGAAGGUACGCAGCGACGAACACACGCAGAUGUGCAACCAGCCGUGACACAGAGACUGCCUGGAUAGGUGUCCCGGCGCUGCUUCCGAUUCGCCAUGCAAUGGAACAGGACGACCAACACAAACUGCCGACCAUACUUAGCAAGACGUGAGCAAGGCGGGCAGACUGAGACAAGGAUGUGGUACCCUUGCUGCACACCCUUUUGUGUGUGUGUGUGUGUGUGUGUGUGUGUGUGUCAGGAUGUGGGGGAUAGUGCUCUUCGAAAUCUUAUUUGGGAUGCUGGCCUACUCGGCAUUCGGCGCACAGACCAAUCCCUUCAUCCUGACCAAUCUGCCCAACGUGCCCGUCACGUGGACACUGCAGGUAAUUACCCAUACACAUGAAUGAACCCAUCAACGGGCCCAGUACCCUACCUCGUGUGUGUGUCUGUGUGUGUGUUUGUCAGUUUCUGUAUGCCAUGGCCUGUCUAUUGACCUUCCCCAUCAUCUUGUGGCCGGUUACAAGGGCCUUGGAGGGCUGGCUAUUCGAAGGCACGCCUUUCUCAAUCGCGAGAAAGUGACUCACACGCAGACGUACACAGAGAGAGUGCAGCUGCCCUGGGUGCACGCAUCGAUUUGUCAUCUGUGCGUGCCCGUAGGUGGCGGAAGAACCUCCUUCGGACAGGUGUAGUUGUGUGUGGUGCGGUGGUCGCGACCAUGGGCCAGAGUGACUUCAACUCAUUCAUCGCCAUCGUGGGGUCCGUCUGCUGCGUCCCGCUGGGACUCAUAUACCCCGCUCUAUUCCACCUCAAGUAUGCAAACCAUCUUACACGCACAGACGUUGCAGAACGCUCUUUUUCGCUUGCGUGGUCAGGCUGGUGUGUCUGCCUUCGUACUCUCCUGGUCUAAUUGCGGGCCAGGACGGUGGCACGCUCAGUGGGGAUGCACCACACGAGAAGGCGAGGCGAAUGAAGGAGUGCUGGUGGGACAAGGGUGGUGUGCUCGACCUGGUGCUUAUGGCGAUUGGGGUGUGUGUGAUGGUAUUCACCGCCACGAUGGCCAUUCGGCUGUGGCGGAGCGAAUCACCCAUUAGCCAUUGCGGAAAGCUUCAGUAGAGUGGUGCUCGUGUCUAUUUGUGUGUUGAUUGUGUGGACAUUUCUGGACUGUGUGUGUUGAUUCAUAAAGCAUUUCGUGGAUGCAGCCCCGGCUCCACACAUGAGAG